AUGGACAUGUCCACCUCCUGCUCUCCAGUGCAGCUCCAGGAUGCCAGUUCUCUCUUUUUCGACUGUCAGGACCUGCUGAAGCAGGCCUACGAUCCCAGCUCAGAUCCGGGCUACUUCAGCUGCUGCAGCAGCCUGUCGCCAACCUCCUCCGUGGACUCCUUCUGCUUCUCUCCCACCUCCCUCCCCUAUGGAGCCAACAGACAGGAGCCGCUGGACUGCUUAAUCUAUGGUAGCCCAGUCUCUGAGGUCAAGGAGGAGCCCCAAACCUUGCCCAUCCAGGAAGCUUGCACCAGGAAGCCCCGGUCCAGGUACCCAGGAAAGAAGCGCCAGACGGCUAGUGAGAGAGAGAAGCUGAGAAUGAGGGAUCUGACCAAAGCCCUCCACCAUCUCAGGAGCUACCUGCCCGCCUCAGUGGUCCCAGCAGGACAGACCCUGACAAAAAUUGAGACCCUGCGGCUCACCAUCCGCUACAUCUCCUUCCUAUCGGCCCAGCUGGGCCUCAGUGAGGAUGGCCUCUGUCAGGGGAACACUGGAGCUGGGACCCAGAACCUGAGCCAGACCCAGAACCUGAGCCAGACCCAGAACCUGAGCCUGGGCCAGAGUCAUUCUGCUUCUGGUUACAUCGCACAGGAACCCUGCUAUGAUGCUAUGGAAGCAGUGGAUGAGAUCUUCUCCAACCAGCAGAGCUCCACUACUCCUCACUUCUCCACUCUUCCACAAUCUUAUCAGAUUCCCACAAAUGUGUACUAUUCACAAACCACAGCUCAGGACCACUGGGCGCCACAACAACAGCAGCAGCAGCUCAUCUUCUCUGGACACUGCUAA